UAAUCCUUCAAACAAGUCUACAAUGCAGCAUAUUAAAUCUGAAGAUUCAGCUGCAAAAGGGAAUUGGAGUAAUAAUUGCAAGUCAGACAGUCUUGAUAAUCUAGAUUUAUUAUUAAGUGGUAUUGAAAUUAAGGAAGAACCUUUUUCUCCUAAAGAACAAUAUCGUGAUGCAUGUAGAGUAAGCCAGGUUGUUCAUGACAUUCCAGCUAACUUCCAACAGCCAUUAAAUAACAAAGUAAUCAAACAAGAUGCACCUUCUAAGACCUUGAAUAAUAUGAAAACAACUACACAGAUAGUUUCUGAGAAGGUAAAAAUUAGUUAUUCUGAUUUGAAGAAGGAAAAGGAAACACCUAACCUAUGCCCUGCCACUACCCUGGAGAAAUGUAGAACCCAAACAUUAGCCACAGUGAAAACUUCACACUGGAGUUCCAAGGACAUAGAGCCCCUAAGAAUAACCUUCGACAUAGGACCUCUUAUAUCCACCUCCAAAUUCGGAAUGCUUGGUCAGUUUUAGAAAAUCUUUAUAGGUGUAAUUUGUUGCAAUUUUUGUAUAACUUUAAUUUUAAAUUAUAAAAAUCCACUUAAUUGUUUGCUAUCAAAUAAAAAUAUAUGGUUCAUAAGAAUUGAACUAACUAAAUAAAUUAAUGUCAAAGGGAAGCAUCCAUCCUAUCCCUGUGGUGCUACAGCCCAUGUAGAACUUUGGCCUGCCUCACCACUUCCUUCCACUCCGACUUAACUAAUGCUUUUCUUUUCCAUGCUUUGAUUCCCAGCUGCUGUAGAUCUUUUUACACAUCAUCCAUCCAUCCAUCCAUCUAAGCCUAGGUUUGCCUUUGAGUCAUUUUCCUUGGGUGGGGGGGGGUUUGGUGGUGCACCCUCUUCACUCCUCUGCCAUUUGGAUUCUUUCUAAGCGUCCCUCCCAGCAUAGCCUGCCCUUUUUUAUUUCUGCUACUAGUGUGGGAUCUUGAUAUAGAAUAUUCAAAUCUUAGUUGGUUCAUAUUCUCCAUCCAUGUUCAUCCUUUGUUGGUCCAUAUAAUUUCUUGAGAACUUUUCUCUCCCAUGUGUUUAAUAGGUUUUCUGCUGUUUUUGUUAGGGUCCACAUUUCACUUGUAUAUGUUACAACUGGCCUGAUUUACAGUCUUAUAAAUAGUUUUUGAUGUUUUUCUUGUAAUGUUUUUACUUUUUACGCAAGAAAAAGUAAAGGGAAUGCAGUUAUCCACCAAUUUUUUGCUUCAGUUUUGAUCAAACUAUUUAAUUAAUAAAAGCUAAAAAGAAGUGUGUAGGCCCUAUUUUUUUCUCAUAGGUUAUUUUUUUACCAACAGAUUUAUGAAUCUAUCCACAAAGCUUGUAAUAUUAGCUUUUCAAAAAUGAUUUCUUUAAUCGCUUGAUUAAAUCAAUAGUAAUAUCAAUUAAAUAUCAAUAGUAAUAAUUUUUUGAUAAACAUUUUCCAAAAUUGUAUAAGUAAAGGGAAAAUAAUAACCUGAAAAAAUUGCGGGUGUGAAUUUGAAAGUAGAGGCCUACUGAAGAAAUCAGUGGUGAGAUUUUUAAAAAAUAUUCAUUGCAAUUAUUAUAUAUUUAACAAAAAAGGAUUUUAAUGGGCUUGACUGUUUGUAUUUUAUACAAAUUUAAUUUCAGCAAAGGGGAAGAAAAAUUUAUAUAUCAUAUUUAAACUUUACCAUGAGGAAAUUUACAUUUUCUGCAGAAAUCAGAGCACAGCUUGUAUCGAAAAUCUUUGGCAGCAAGUUGUUUGAUCACCCAACUGGACUAACUGUUACUGAAGAUGGACUGCUAAUUGUAGCAGACACUGGAAAUAAUGUUGUAAAAGUGUUGCAAGACAGUUCAAUACUUUUCACCAUUGGAGAGAAAGUAUAUUAUUUAGAGUUAAUUUAUAGUGAACAUUUCCUUUGAUGAUUUAUAGUAAUAAACAAAUAAUACAAAUUAUAACUAAUAAACAGAAGCCAAUUCUGUUUUGUGGUAUUCAAUGCUUCCUAAAAGCAUCUAUCAUGUGUAUGGAUUUAAUCCCUAGUGAUUAACAAAAUUUAAGGCUAAAGCAUUUUUAUGGCAUAUCAUUAACACUAUGACUGCAAAAAUAUCUUAAAUUAAAAAAACUAAAAUACCAUAAAUUAGAGCAGUGCAGUCCAACUUUUUGACACUAUGGGCCACCGAGAAAACAUGAUCAAGCUGUGGGUUGCACGAGAAAACUCAAAAGCAAUUAUUAAUUUUUCUUAAUAGUGAUGACUAAAAAAAUAUUAUGGAACAGAAAAAAUGUUAUUAAUGAUGUAUUUCUGAUUAAUGCUUUGUCAGUGCCAAUAGCCCUUCCUCAGUGACAUUUGAUUUGUAUCUUUAACCUUUUAAGUUGUGGCUGCUGCUCUCAUUAUUUAUUAUAAAAGUUUAUCAGUCAGAGUUUCAUUUUUUUCAUGUUAUGGAAAAGUGAUUUCCAAUCCACUAAUCCAAACGGCCAAAGCCCUUCAUAACAUUUUAGCACAUGUAGAAAUUGACCUGAAGAAACAUAGUGCAUUUAGAAUCCAAUUUGUUGCAUAUUCUUGUCUCGCUAUUAUGUUGCAUCUUGUUUAUUUCAAGCCCCAUUGCACUUUCAUCUACCCUCAACAACAGCCCCAAUGAGGCUACAAUGGAAAUAUUAAAUGUGAAUAACAGCAAAACUGUUAGACUGUGAAUUUCAAAACAAUCUCAGAAUAUACCGUAUUUAUUGGCGUAUAACACGCACCUUUUCUCCCCAAAAAUAGGGGGCAAAUCAUGUGUGCGUGUUAUACGCCAAUAUAAUGUUUCAUAUUUUUACCUGAAAUUUUCUUCUUAAAUUGAGGUGCGUGUUAUACGCCAAUAAAUACAGUAAUUUAAACAUUAGUUUUUUCUGACCUGCGGCUAAAUGUUCACGUUCCUGUACAUCAUUUAAAGUUUUAAAUUUAAUUUGUUUUUGGUGGUCUAUGAUAUUAAGAAAGCAAACACUGGAAUUUCCCUAUAAUUUGGCACCUUUUCCUAGAAUUUUACCCUGAGAAAGAUUCUCAAUUCUAUGAUGAGAUCCCAGAAUAUUUCCACUACCUUCCCAUGACUCCACCAAUAAACAUAAGAAACUGAUUUUACUUUGAACGUGUUGAAUCUGAAGAUUGCCUAACAUUAAUUUCUCAGUAUUCCUAGACAAAUCAUCACAUCAAUUAGCUGUUGUGGUCCAAUCCUUAAUGCUAGUUUUUUUCUCAUGUGAAAUUUCAAAAUUACUGUUUUUGUAUGUCUUUAGUAGAGACUAGUUAUUUUGUUUUUUAAAUAUUACAGAAUAUUUGCUUCCUAACAAGUUUUUAUUUUUUAAAUUUGUAUAAAUUCUUCCAGCUUUGUUGAGUUAUUUACUUAAAAAUCUUUCCCCAUGUAGCUCAUUAGCUGCAAGCUGAACAGUACUGAACUAUUUAAAAUCAUUCCCCACAUCUUGUGUUGCACAAAUCAUCUUUAACCCCCCCCCCCCCCCCCGAACAGCAUUGGUCAUUGUGCUCUUCUAAUACAUGAAAUUUUUUGAUUCAUGAAAUUGAACCGUUAUUAUUUGUGACAUUUUAUGUCAGGCCACUUUGUAUAGCUUUCUUAUGCACAACUAAUUUUAAUCUUGGCUUUUAAGGAUGGAGUGAUAUUUGCUCGUCCUUCAGCUGUUGUUGUUGACAAUCAAGGGCACAUAUACGUUAAGGAUGAUUACUGUAUUCAAGUUUUUGAUAUCAGAGGCAGACUUCUUCAUUGCAUUGGAAGGAACACUUUCCUUCAUCCAUAUGGUAAUUUGCAAACAUUGAAUUUAAAAGUAAGAGAACACAUAAUCUAUAACUUUUUAAAAAGUUCUUAAUGUUUACAUGUUACCUCUCUUUCUUGAUAUAAUAAGUGUGUUUUUGACAUGAGUUUGUUACUCUUAACUUGGUAAAUGGAACAUUUAUCUGUUGAAUCUCAAUAUGAUUUACAGGUCUUGCAUUGAUCAAAGAAGGGAAAAAUCCAACUUUGGUAGUGAUUGAUGCCGGAAGGGGAGGCUCCAUUGUCCAUCAUUACUUGAUUAAAGAGAACAAACUGAUAACAUACCCUUACAAGCCUCUCCUUAGAUUCGGCAGCAAGACCAGCAAAGUUCGUUUCAUGGCCAUUAGUGGAGACAUUAUGUUGGCCAGUGAUCUUGGUAAAUUUAUGAUGUCAAUAUUAAAUACUUGCAUACAAUUACUUAUUAUACUAUAUAUAACAUCAAGCACAUACACUCAAUGAUGCAUGGUGUGGAGGAAUUAUGAGGGGAUAUGUAUAAAAAGAAACCCCCUAUACAGACUGUACUAAAGCAUAUGUCACACAGGUUAAGAGUUACUUGAACAUGGCAGCUUACUUAUCCAAUAUAAAUUUAAUAUAUAUCCUGGAUGACCAAAGUACAUAUAAUUUUGAUAAAAUAAUUAUUUAAUGGGAAUUCAAUCCUCUGAAAAGUGCUGUGAAUGUUUACACUUAAAUUUAUGUGAGCAUAGGUGUACUUUUUUAAGUGUCUCUUUAGUUAAAUAAAAGAUACUCAAGGACUAGUUACAUGCAUCAAACACCUGUAAGUAAAAGUGUAACAAAAAUAAUUUCUUCUUUGAUUAACUAUCCAAAUAUAGUAAAAUGUAUUUGAGUUUUAAUUUUUUAACGUUCAGUUGAAGUAAGAAACUAAAACAAAUAUUUCAUUCAUAAAACUUUAUGAUAUUCCUUGCCAUCAACAGAAUUUACCUCUCUAAAAUAAUAUAGUUAUUUAUUGCAACAGAGUAUAAGACAUUGUUAAGAUUGUUUGCGACGGCUCUUAUCCAAAAUUUUCCAGUGCUCACUAUUUAACCCUAAGGCCCCUUCAUUUCCAUUUUUGGGCAAACCUACCAGUUUUCAAACUGGCAGCCUCAGAAAUUAUUUAUUUUAUCCCUUAAAUCUUCAGGUGCCAGUCAGAUGUACUUGUCUCGUACUAAUGGAGAAUGUUUGACAACAUUCAGCAAUUAUGGUACCCGUCCGGGAGAAAUCCAUGAACCUUCAGGAAUAGCUGUAGAUGCUGCUGGAAAUUGGAUUGUUGGAGACAGUAAAAACAACAGAAUUCAGGUUUGUAUUUAGAAAUAUGGGGGUUUAAAAAAAAAAAGCAAUAUUUUAAGGGUAUUUUAAACAAAUUAAAUACACACUGAUGACUGAAUUUAUGUUUUUAUUUUUGAGGUGUUACAUCAGGGGUCAGUAAACCGGGUAAAUGACCGCACAUUUGGGUAACAAUGAAAUUUAUUGUGGGUAAAGAAAGCUUAAUAGACAAUGUAAAUAUUUUUAAAAAUAAAAAGCUCCUUUUUUAUGAAUAUCAAAAGCAUACAUGCAUGUCUUGCCUUGAAUAAAUAAUUUUGGCCUGGUUGCCGAUUUUAUAUGUUUUGGUUAAAAAUUUCAAAGCUUUUAUUAAUUUAAUUGUAUUUUUUUAUACUAUCGUUAUAUAGUCAAUAAUUCUCUACCUUGCAAAUCGAGGGAUAACAUCUGCAUGAGCCAAUAUAAAUUUCAUGGUAAAGCUAAUGUUAAUAAGGGGAAGAGACUAAUCAGGUUAGCAAAAAAGGAAAUGAGUAAAACAAAGAAUGGGAAAACCUUGAAAAACGAAUGCAAAAAAUGUUUUGUUUCCUCCUUUUUUCAGGUUUUCCCUUUCUUAGUUUUACUCUAGAGCGCGCCCGCCCGCCCCCCGCACCACUCUGCUACAUGAAUGAUUCUUAUUUUAGAGACAUGUUUCAUUUACUCUUUUACCUUAGCAAAGAUAGUUUUAAAUUUUGCCUUUAUUAGGGUAUGAAUUCAUUGAAAUGUAUAUGAAGGUAAACAAGUCAUAGCAUUGGGAAUUUAAAGAUAGAAUGAAACCUGCUAAUUUUGAAAAAAAUGAUUAACACAAGGAAAUUAUAAGGACCAACAUUGUCAACAGGAAUGUUUUAAAUAUUAAAAAAACUCAACUUAUUUUUAUUUUAUUUUUUAAAUACACUAUUUUGAAUUGUUUUUAAUUGAUUAUUUAACAGUAGAAAGUUGCUGGUUAUUAAAAUAAAUCCAAUUAUUGAUUCAUUGAAACUGGUCUUUAUUGGUGAGCUAGCUCAACAACGCUUAGAACAUAAGUACUUACAUGUGUGGAAAGAUUAAGAGGUAUUUUUUUUAAUGAAUAACCUUAUAAUCCGGAAUCAAAGUUUUAUAAAAUAUUUUAUAUAUAAUUAGAUUAAAUUACAUGUGCUAGGUCGAAAACUAAGUAGCAUGUUUAAACAUCCCCAAUAUACCGACCAUCACAGCCCUCAAAACUGCACUUAAAACCCAUCUUUUUAAACUCUACUAUCCUGACCGAUUCCCACCUCUGACUGAAAAACGAUGCUACUGGGUGUCGUCAACGGCUUGACAUGUAAAUAGUUUUAAAUAUACAUUUGUUUUGUUUCAAUUAAUUAAUCUAUGUCUAUUAAUUUUUAAAGUUUUUUUUUUUCGUUUUUUUGUUGUUGUUAUGUUUGUUAAAUUGAAUGUACAGCGUGGUGAGCCCAGCCUAUGUUGGGGUACCACGCAUAUAAAACCACUUAUAAUAAUAAUAAUAAACAAUAACAUAUCUCUUUCCCCUUCUUAAUUUAUAUUCUUAUUGCUGUUUGUUGAUGUAUCCCUGGAUAUUCUGGUCCAUUAUUAUUGUGGACUUUAUUUUUCACAGUGUCAAUAUUUAUAUUCUCUCGCUUCCUGUUUUCCCACUUCCCGAGACACGAAUGAAUACUGCUUGAGUUGUCUACUGUGCUCUUUUCUUUGUUAUAUUUUAUUUCUAUUGUUGGCUGAGGAAGGCUUUAUGCCGAAACGUCCUUGUUUUUUGUCCUGUUACCUUAUUUCAAGCUUCCACAUACCUCGUUUCACUAUUUCAUUCAUUUACAUAGCUUGAAAGCAGUCCCUUCAUUUAUUUAAUUUAUAUUCACAGGUGUUUACUUUAGAUGGUUCAUUUAUUGGCUCAGUGAGGCUCUCACAUCCUAUCCGACGACCAUCAGGUCUUCACUUAACCUCAGACGGCCAUUUGUAUGUGAUAAACUAUCUAGACAAUGAAAUCGCAGUGUUUAAAUUACUUAAAUAAGUGUUACAAUAUGUGCUGUUGCUCUUCUUCAUUGGCGUCACAAAUGAGACAUUCUUACAAAUUUUCUGAUUAUGUUUAAAAUAGUUGUGAAUGUUUACUUUUGGAUUUAUACUAUUCUUCUAAAAAGAG